AUGGAGGAGAAACCAGUGGGAGAGCCUACUCAAGUGGUGUCUAAAUUCAAACUUUCCACCAAGGGAGAGAGUGCAGGACACUGGCUGGUGGAGGACCAUGCGCGGAUAUGGGAAGUUCUAAAGACAGAGGAGGUUGAAGGGGACCAGCUGCCUCCAGGACACACAGUCAGUCAAUAUGAGACCUGUAAGAUCAGGACCAUAAAAGCUGGCACCUUGGAGAAGCUUGUGGAGAACCUGCUCACGGCGUUUGGGGACAAUGACUUUACCUAUAUCAGCAUCUUUCUGUCAACAUACAGAGGCUUUGCCUCCACCAAAGAGGUGCUGGAGCUGCUGCUGGACAGGUAUGGAAACCUGACAAGCCCAAACUGUGAAGAGGAUGAAAGCCCCAGUUCAUCAGAGUCUAAGAUGGUGAUCAGGAAUGCAAUCGCCUCGAUCCUGAGGGCCUGGCUUGACCAGUGUGCAGAGGACUUCCGAGAACCCCCUCACUUCCCUUGCUUACAGAAACUGCUGGAUUAUCUCAAACGGAUGAUGCCAGGCUCCGAUCCGGAGAGAAGAGCGCAAAAUCUUCUGGAGCAGUUUCACAAGCAAGAAGUGGAAACUGACAAUGGGUUUCCCAACACCAUCUUCUUCAGCCUGGAAGAGGAAGAGGAACCGGAAGGUGGAGGGCCCGCAGAAUUCACGUGCUUCCCAGAAGACCUUGUGGCAGAGCAGCUGACCUACAUGGACGCCCAACUAUUCAAGAAAGUAGUGCCUCACCACUGCCUGGGCUGCAUUUGGUCUCAGAGGGAUAAGAAGGAAAACAAACAUUUGGCUCCUACCAUCCGUGCUACCAUCUCUCAGUUUAACACCCUCACCAAAUGUGUUGUCAGCACCAUCCUGGGGGGCAGAGAACUCAAAACUCAACAGAGAGCCAAAGUCAUCGAGAAGUGGAUUAACAUUGCUCAUGAAUGUAGAAUCCUGAAGAAUUUUUCUUCCUUGAGGGCCAUCAUUUCGGCACUGCAGUCCAAUUCCAUCUAUAGGUUAAAAAAGACCUGGGCCGUCGUCCCAAAGGACCGAAUGCUGAUGUUUGAAGAGCUUUCAGAUAUCUUCUCUGACCAUAAUAACCAUUUGACCAGCCGGGAACUCCUAAUGAAGGAAGGAACUUCAAAAUUUGCAAACCUGGACAGCAGUGUGAAAGAAAACCAGAAGCGGACUCAGAGGAGGCUUCAGCUCCAGAAGGACAUGGGCGUGAUGCAGGGAACUGUGCCCUACCUGGGCACCUUCCUGACCGACCUCACCAUGCUUGACACUGCUCUUCAGGACUACAUUGAGGGUGGGCUGAUAAACUUUGAGAAAAGGAGAAGGGAAUUCGAAGUGAUUGCCCAAAUAAAACUCUUACAGUCUGCCUGCAACAGCUAUUGUAUGACCCCAGACCAAAAGUUCAUCCAGUGGUUUCAGAGACAGCAGCUUCUAACAGAGGAGGAAAGCUACGCCCUGUCCUGCGAGAUCGAAGCGGCUGCUGACGCCAGUGCCACCUCUCCCAAGCCUCGGAAGAGCAUGGUGAAGAGGCUCAGCCUACUAUUUCUGGGGUCGGACAUGAUUACCAGUAGCACUCCCACCAAAGAGCAGCCCAAGUCCACUGCCAGUGGGAGCUCUGGUGAAAGCAUGGACUCUGUCAGCGUGUCGUCCUGCGAGUCAAACCACUCAGAGGCCGAGGAGGGCUCUAUCACCCCCAUGGACACACCGGAUGAGCCUCAAAAAAAGCUCUCUGAGUCUUCCUCAUCAUGUUCCUCUAUCCAUUCCAUGGACACAACUUCCUCAGGGAUGUCGUCCUUAAUAAACCCCCUCUCCUCCCCUCCAUCCUGCAACAACAACCCCAAAAUCCACAAGCGCUCCGUCUCUGUGACAUCCAUUACCUCGACAGUGCUGCCUCCCAUUUACAACCAACAGAACGAAGACACCUGCAUAAUCCGCAUCAGUAUAGAGGACAACAAUGGCAACAUGUACAAGAGCAUCAUGUUGACGAGCCAGGAUAAAACCCCCGCCGUGAUCCAGAGGGCGAUGCUGAAGCACAACCUGGACUCGGACCCAGCGGAGGAGUACGAGCUGGUACAGGUCAUCUCGGAGGACAAAGAACUGGUGAUCCCAGACUCAGCCAAUGUCUUUUAUGCCAUGAACAGCCAAGUGAACUUUGACUUCAUUUUACGCAAAAAGAACGCCAUGGAAGAACAAGUGAAAUUGCGUAGCCGGACCAGCUUGACAUUGCCCAGGACAGCUAAACGGGGCUGCUGGAGCAAUAGGCACAGCAAAAUCACCCUCUGA